AUGGAUCAAGCCUUAGAUGUUGCGAAAUGUGACCUGGCCUGUAAGGAAAACAACACUGAGCACCACACGGUGCUAUUCGGUGUCGAUCAGCUAAUAGUGAGGAGGGGUCAGCCGUUUACCAUCAGUCUUCAUUUGAAUCAAGGGAUUCAGCCACAAAACGGAAUAAACAACCUUGCCUUUAUUGCUAAAACAGGCCCAAUACCCUCUGAGAUCUCAGGAACCCAGGCUAAAUUUGGUGUCAGCAAAUUUAUAUCGAGAGUUUUCUGGAGUGCGACUGUUACUGUGACAUCAGAGACCAUAAUCUCUGUGACAAUAUGCCCCUCUUACAAUGCUCCUAUUGGACUGUACACCCUCCUCCUGGACCAGGGCCAACAAUUCCAACUGGGGGAGUUUGUGCUGCUAUUUAACCCCUGGUGUAAAAGGGAUGGUGUGUAUAUGCUGAGUGAAGAAGAAAGGCAAGAAUAUGUCUUGUCUCAGGAUGGUCUGAUCUAUAGAGGAACUCCAUUACGUAUGAGCGCCCUCCCUUGGAACUUUGCACAGUUUGAGCCAGGCAUCUUGGAUAUUUGUCUGAAGAUUCUGGACAAGAAUCUCAAUUAUUUAAAAAACGCAGAUCAGGACUGUUCAGAGAGGAAUAAUCCUGUCUAUGUGACCAGGGUCGUGAGUGCUAUGAUCAACAGUUUAGAUGACAGAGGUGUACUUGUAGGGAACUGGUCAGGUGAUUUCUCCGAUGGAGUUCCUCCCACUAAAUGGAAAGAAAGUGCUUCCAUUCUGCGGGAAUGGGCUGAACAUGGACCAGUUAAAUAUGGACAGUGCUGGGUGUUUGCUGCUGUGGCCUGCACAGUGAGUCGGGCGUUGGGGAUCCCCUGCCGAGUGGUCACUAACUUUGGAUCUGCUCAUGACACCAAUGGUGACUUGCUGGUCAAGUAUUUCCACCAUAUUGAUGACGAAACUAUUACAGAAGACUCAAUAUGGAACUUUCAUGUAUGGAAUGAAAGCUGGAUGACUCGUCCUGAUCUGAAACUUGGUUACGAAGGCUGGCAAGCAAGUGACUCCACUCCACAAGAAAUGAGUGAUGGUAUUUUCUGUUGUGGCCCAGUACCUGUGAGAGCCAUUAAGGAGGGUGAGCUGACAUUUCUGUACGAUUGCCCCUUCCUGUAUGCGGAGGUGAAUGCUGACGUAGAGGAGUAUAUCAUACUCAGCAAUGGUGAGGAGAUCAAGGUGUCAGGAUCGACCACUGAGGUGGGCAAAAACAUCAGCACUAAGGCAGUAGGCAAGAAUGAGCGAGAGGACAUCACACACCUGUACAAAUAUCCUGAAGAUUCUGAGGAGGAGAGAAAGGUGUUUGAAAAAGCCCAAAAACAAAGUAAGUUGGUAAUGGAAGAUGCAGAACCUGGUUUACACAUCAGGAUCAAAGUGCCAGAGGAAAUGGUUCUUGGCUCUGACUAUGAGGUGCUUGCCAUCAUCAAAAACAACACUCCUGAUAUUAAGUCUUGCAAGCUCAUGUUUUAUGCCCAGGUUGAAACCUACAAUGGCAAGCUAGGGGCAACCUGUGGGCUUGCUGACCUGACUGAUGUACGCCUGACCACUGGUGAAGAGAAGCAGGCAACCCUUAAACUGGAGUAUGCUCAGUAUGGUGAAAUCAUCAGACCAGAAGGGAUGAUCAGACUAAUUGCUCUGCUCAUCGAUAAUGCUACAAGAGAGCUUCACAGAGUGACCAAGACCGUUCUUCUGACCAGCCCUGACAUAACAGUCAUUGUUGACGGAGAAGGAAAAGUGAAUCACGAACUGAGUGUUCAAGUUCUACUCUACAACCCAUUGCCAGAGCCUUUGGAAAACUGCUCCUUCUCUGCACAAAGUCCAAAUCUUACUCAGGGAAAAACCAUCACACAAAAGGUUGGAACUGUGGGCCCAGGCGAUUAUGCCACAACCACAUUUGAGUUUACACCAAUGAUGACAGGGAAGAGGAAUGUGGUGGUGGAUUUCAACAGUGACAAACUCAGUAACAUCACAGCAUAUGAAACCAUUGAUAUCACAGAAUAA